UUUACUUAUUUUAUCCUGAAGUUCAUAGAAAGACAAUUUUUCAGAGAGGAAAAAUCAAAGACGGGAGUAGUAGUGAUAAUCGAUUUUUCUUCGUCUCCCAGCUGUUUGGUUUACGGUGAGAAUUCAUAGAGGAGGAAUCUUGUACAGGCAUACACAGGAUAUAGAGAGAGAUGCAAGCCGUGGUGUGGAACCCUGCGUACUGCACCAGCUCCCCUCAAACCCUAGACGCCUUCUCCUCUUCCUCUUCUCGGCCGCCCAACAAGAGCGCGAGCUUCUUUGGCACACGAGUAUUGAUCGGUAGGGGCCGCAAAUUCGGAUGUAGGGGUUCAUGUAGUUUUGUGCGGAUUGGAUUGCCGUCUAGACUUGUCAUAAAAGCUGUUGCCACUCCAAAUUCAGUGACAGAAUUGCCUCUCACUGCUGAGAAUGUUGAAAGUGUAUUGGAUGAAAUUCGACCAUACCUUAUUGCAGAUGGUGGAAAUGUGGCAUUGCAUGAAAUUGAUGGCAAUGUUGUAAGGUUAAAGCUACAAGGAGCAUGUGGCUCGUGUCCAAGCUCUGUGAUGACGAUGAAGAUGGGUAUUGAGCGUCGGUUAAUGGAAAAGAUCCCUGAAAUAGUUUCUGUUGAACCAAUAGCCGAUGAAGAAACUGGCCUUGAGCUGAAUGAGGAAAAUAUAGAAAAGGUGCUUGAAGAAGUUAGGCCCUACCUUGUGGGUGCAUCAGGUGGAUCUCUUGAACUUGUUGCAAUUGAUGAUCCAAUUGUGAAAAUCCGGAUUACAGGUCCUGCGGCUGGGGUAAUGACAGUUCGAGUGGCUGUUACACAGAAAUUACGGGAAAAAAUUCCAGCGAUUGCCGCUGUCCAGCUUCUCUAAGACUUUGCAAUUUGUAUACAUGGAGUGUAUCAUUCUCAUAUAAAAGAUACAAGAUACAAGAUGUUGGUAGACUUGUAAAGCCUUAUAAUAUUACAUUAUGUGUUUUUUUUGGAUGAACAAAUAUUUAUUUUA